AUGUCGAAAAGGAAGAAUCCAGCAAGUAAAGAAGGUCAAGAUGUAGUGAACUUACUCACACAUGAAGGGAAUCAGGCAAAUGCCAAUAUCAUGAUCCCACCAGCAAAUGUCAAAGGAACAAAUGAAGUCGACCAGGCUAAUGCCAAAAACGACUCUUCAAUUUCUAAAUCGAACAAUCAAGCAGAUGCUAUAAAUGUUUCGAAGGACACUGAGAAAUCAACAAAUGAAAUUUCUCCUGUUCAUCAAAACAAGGAAGUAUCAAUAGAUCUCAUCAAUGAUUCUAAUAAGGAGAUAAACGAUGCUGGUAGCAAUAGAAUCGAGAAAGGAAAAGGGAUGAUUCAAAUAGAUGAUUCUUACAAAGAGCUUCUAGGAAGUAAACCAAACGCUAAUGCAACAGAGAAUUUAACUCCGUCAAUAAUCGUAACUCAACAAAUGAAAGAUUUAGACAUGACUAUGGAUAGAGCUACAGCAGCAGUACUAGCAGGAAAUAAAGAAGAAGCAGCCUUUUUGUUUAGAAUUCAUGAACAAAUGAAAGCAGCAGAAGAACGAUUACGAUCAUCAACUACUACUUUAAAUCCUACUUCUGUAUCUUUAUCAGUAAAUCAAGAGAAGAAUUCUAAAGGAGUUAAUUUAAAAUCAAAUCCAAUCAUCAUAUUAGACGAAAACAAUCUCAAACAACCAAAUUCAAAUAAGGUCGAAGAAGGAAGUGAAAUAGUAGAGAAUGGUUUCACCUUUAGAGAAGGAGCAUCAACAAACACCGAUAGUAAUGUUGGAUUAACACCAUUUUUCAAAAAGAAUAUAAAAGAGUUAAAACUUCCAGUUCCACUAACGAUCUUUAACGAAGAAUGGCAAGAAGAAGCUUGGCAAUAUCACACUGAAAAGAAAGCCUUCCGUAUCCUCAUGAAUUCUCACAAUCAUACAUGA